AUGGAGGUUGCUAAGCUAUUUGACGACCUCGAGUCCAACUGCAUGGAUCGAGUCGACGAAGUGAAGCGCAAGUUCCAAGAGAUAUUUUCUUCCACAAAAGAAUCGUGGCUGGCGUGCAAUAUGAUGGAGUAUUUCGGGCACACGUCGUCGAUACGCAUUGUGGAAAUUCUUGUGAAAGUCCAGCAACCGCACGACAAGCACAUUUUCGAUCGCCUAUCCGAAUGGAUACGCAACGGGACGUCAAGAGCACUAGGACUUACCCUGUUCGGGCAUAUCAUCCAAAAGCGGCCGCUGUGGCUGUACAAAGUCGGCACGCACCAGCUCGUGAAGGACGUGCUAAAGCUAUCGAAGGUGGAAAAGGAUAUCACUUCAUUGAUCAAUGCGGUGCUCUGCAUCAUUGAUUUAUUGCCGGUAAUACCGCUGGCGAUGGGCAGCUUUGUGCAGGAUUUAUUCGAAGUCUUCAACUAUUUAGCCACGUGGAAUCAAAACGAGGCCCACCUUCCCGAGUAUCAGCUAAUCCACCUGCAGUUUGGCCUGUACGAACUGUUCACCCGGCUAUACGGCAUGUAUCCGUGUAAUUUCGUUGGCUUCCUCAAGCAGGAGUACGCAUCCGGUGGACGACAGGCCGUGUUUCAGCACACGAUUAAGCCCUUGCUCGACACGGUGAAAAUUCACCCGCGGCUCGUCCUCUCCGAUCGGGAUAGCGAGAUAAGUCAGCAGCGGUGGAAAAACAUGGAACCACACGAUGUUGUGAACGAAUGCGCCCGGAUGUCACUCGACAAUCCGGAUCCUCAACCGCUGGAGAGUUCGCACGGUCAGCUGUCGGUGACGAGCGGGUCCGGGGCUAACGAAUGUCCUUGCUACAUGACACCCAUAAAACCGUAUGAAUACUCGGCGGACGGUGGUGCCGAUGCCUUCGUUUUUCCGUGGAAAGCAAAUGUGAACUUUUUCAACACACUGUCGCUGGACCAGCAGCUUUCAACGAUUGCGGCGCAGAAUUCGUUUUGGUCACCAAACAGCACACUCAUGCAACCGACACCGCCUCCGACGGCGGGUACGGUACCGCACACGCCUAUCCCCACGCCCAACUGCACGAUUCCGACCGUACCGACCCAACAACCACCGGCAGCCGACGGAGCGUCCCCUCCGGAAGCGGCAGUCGAAGCGACACCCGAAACGACCCCAUUGAAGGAUAGCAAACCCGUGGCAGCGGUUCGCCCGGCGUAUCCUACUUCGGUCAAGCCACAGACGGCCCGUGCCAUCUGGACGCCCUCACAGCCGGCGUCGCCGAUCAAGAAGGAUGCGGCACAAUCGCACUUCAACUACGACUACUCACAACCGGUCGUCACUUCCAAAAAGCUGCUCCGUGUGGUCAAUGAUCGCAAUCAGUCCCUGAAGCAGCUGUCUGACACGGGGACGACCACAACAACGACGACGAUGACAACGGUGGCGUCCGCAACGUCGACCACGAGCAACAGUGUGCCAUCAAGCCCGCUGCCAAUCGAUCUGCAACCAUUACAACUGCCGAUGUCGACGAUGCCGCUGCCAUCGAGUCGAAACGAAUCGCCUAUGGUGCAAAUUCAGCCCGUACCGCUGCGACCCGGUGAUCUAAGCCAAGAGGACCAGGAGGUAAAUGACAUCAACAGUCCCCACAUGCACCACUCGCAGUCGCUGCCGGUCGGUACGGCCGUCCCUAUUCGUGAUCUAUGUGCGGACGAGGAUCAAGACCAGGGGGAAGGGUCUCCCUGUUCGGCGGGUGGGCUGCACUUCAAGAACUCGCAGUCGGUGAUAAACUACACGCGGCGACGCCUGCACAGCCACUGUCUGGUGGAUUCGAGCGAUCCCUAUUACAGCAUGGGUACGUCUCCGGCCGACACGAGUGGGAAUUUCAUCCGCAACGGGUCCACUAUGGCCACGCAGCUCGUCACGAUCGGACGGGGAGGUUUGGCCGCGAACCAGCAGCUACAAAUCCCCGAACCAUUGUCGGCGCACCGUCAGCAGCCGGUUGAGCACGGGCUACAGGAGCAACACCUGUACUAUCACCAUCAGUGUCACCAUCAUAUUCAUCUGCACCAUCAACACCAUCAUCACCAUCUCGGACAGGGUGGGUUGUUGUUCGGUGGACUGCACCGGCGUCACUCAUUGCCAGAUCUGAAGCACUAUGCGAUGAAGGCGAACCCGAAGCUACCGCUCGACUCGGUGUCCAUCGUGAAGCAGCGUCCGCUCGGAGUUCAGGGGUUGAUCGAUGCGACCAACGGUGGUGGGAACAGUGUUUCAUCUCCGGAGGGUGCGGGAAGCAAUGCGGAUAGCAGUCCGUCGGAGGAAGAAGCCCUUUCGGCAGCGACACACUUCCACCGGAAGCAGGAACAACGUUCGACCGAUCAGCUUACGCGCAAUCUGGAGCUAUUCCGGCAGCUACGCAACAACCUGACAACCGUGAUCACACCGAGCAGCCAUGUCCAGUACCAACGUGCGCACCACGGGGCCCAACAGCAGCAGCAGCAGCACCCCCAGGGAUCGUUUGCUUCCGCUCGAUCGCGCACCGACCAUCAAGCAGAGCUAGCGGGAACGGCGGUGGCCGUUCCGUCGACUACGACAAUCGCAACGGCAACGCAAACGAUCAUCAGUUGGCCGCAACCGUACGAACAGAUAUUCUAUGGCAUACUGCAGGAGGAGCUGCGUUUUAAGAACAGCAUUUCGCGCAUGCAACACGAUCAGCAGCUACAGCGUGCGGCCGCUGCCGGGGGUCGCAUGGAUCCGUAUGCGAUGCUCGACCAGUACAUUGAAACAUGCGCCAAAACGCGAUCCGCACUGGCCGAAGCCGGCGGUAACCGAGCCGCAUUGCCUGAGUCGUACUACCAGGACCACAUCCGGCUGUUGCAUCUGCAGCUGCAGUAUGAGCGGCACCGGCGGGAGAUACACGCCGAGCGGAACCGCAGGUUGCUGGGGAAAAGUCGCAAGAUUCGUGCGCUCGAGCAGAACAACGAGGCGCUGAAGGAUCAGGUCGCGCGGUUGACGCGUGAAAUUGCCUCACUGAACGCGGAACUCAGCACGGUGCGUCGUAGCACGAAUGUCGAGCUAGCCGAAGCGUCCCGGGAGUGUGUUCGCUGGAAGGAGUCGCUUUACGUAGAGCAGGAAAAGUGCAAGGAGCUGCAGCUGAAGGUGGAAGCCUUGCAGGUGGCAAUCAACGAUGAAACGAACCAACGGAACGAGAUGCACACACAGCUUGAGCAAGCGCAGGGCGAUCUGUUCGAUACGCGCAACGAGCUGCGGCACGCGCUCGGAAAGGCGGACCUUGGCAAGCAGUACCGUGAGGAGCUGACACGGCUGCAGUCGGAGUUGCUUAUGAUGGGUGAGGUGCAGUUGCGCUUGAAGGAGAAGCUGACCGAGCUGGAGCGUUUGCGGGCACGUGAAGCGGAAAUUGCUAUGACGAAGGCGAACUACCACGAUGAGUGGAAAGAGCUUAAAUUUUCACUACAGCAGAAGUCGGCCCAACUCGACACGGCCAAGGAGCGACAGGCGGAACUGGAGCAGCAGCUGAUUAAGCGCGAGGAAACGAUCACACUGCAGAAGCGCUUGCUGAAAACAUCUAAAGAAGAGUACCAGGAGAAAUUCAAGGCCCUGGAAAAUAAAUACGAUGCACAAAAGGCAAUCAUCAUUCGGAUGGAAGACACCAUCGAGGAGCUGCGUGUGAACAGCUGCGUGGCCAAGUCGCCGGAUUCCGAUCGCACCGAUGCCGUCGGUUCACUUGAUCACACGUCACCGCUGUCGAUAUCGCUGGCGUCCAGCGAGGGUCUCUCGGAGAUUCGCAAUCUGUCCGCACUUGUCGCGCAAAAUUCAGCUGGCCUGGGGGCGCAACUGGCCGGGGGCAGUAACGUGCUACCCGGUAUGGGCAGUAAUAUGGUCAACGCUGAACUGGACUCGAACUUACCGACUCCGACCACGAGCAUGCAGUUCCAGCAGGGCCCGGGAGGACCAUUGCCCGAUCCAUAACGGGGCGUGAUUAGUUUUGAUCGUUCGCUGUUUCGAGCCAGGGCUGAGAAGCAAAACGCGACCGAUCCUAUCAUCGUUUGUUACUGCCUUUAGCUUUUGUUUGUUAUCGUUCUCUAGACAGAACCCAUUCGCAAUUAAUUUCUCCGCCAUCUAUGCCUGCUUGGGAGAGGCUGGCAUGAGUGAUAGAAAUUAUUAUUAUUUCGUUCCCUUUUUUUUCUUCUUCUCGAAUCAUUGUUUUGCUGUAGCGUUAUGUUUUGGAUAUUUUUCGUUCGUUUUGGCGAAAGCAAAGAUUCGAAUUCUAGGGAAAGUUGUUUCCGGUACUCUCUCUUUUCCCGCUGCUGUCUGGUGCAACAAACGGGUCAAGGAGUGAUGGUGCGUUUUUGGUCUUAGUUAGCUUAGGAAUUGGAUUGGGACCACCUAACAACAAGUUGCGCGCGGGAUCGGGCACCGAUUCAUAAUACUAAUUUGCUGAAACGAACGAAGCAAACAAAAAUCACAACCAUCAUAUAUCUGUUUUCCUACGCCAAAGUGAAACCGAACACACAAUUAAAUGGAGGAAAAAAUGUUAUGCGAAAGCAAAUUUAACUAUAAAUAUGUAUAUUUCGAUAAGGCACACACACGAAACACCACACAUCUUUGGCGUGUACAUGGCAUCCGUGGCAUCUUUGACCGAUGUGCACGCGUGCUUUGAGUCAUGAAGCUCUUACUUGAGACUGGACUGUAAUUUGAAUUCUCGAACGCUAUGAAAUCCCGUUGUUAGUUACGUAACCGAGUGUGAGAAUUGUUGUAGGACAUGCGAGGUAUUGAAGGACAUCAACACCUCUACACGUGAAUUGAAACUGUUAGGAGAAAAUGGAAUUUUUGGCCCGACGUGUAAAAGGUGCGCAACGGUAGCGCGAUGAUAAUAAA